GCACAUCCCUACCCUCUAAAAGUUCAUUCCAACAUGAUCAGUGACGAAAUUCAACAGCAGCUCGAAAGAAUCGGCAAGGACACUGCUGAUGCCGAUAGACAACUGUUCCUUCAGAGAAACAAGCUCAUGAAGCCCAUUUAUGCUAAACGACGCGAAAUCCUCAAGAAAGUCCCUAACUUUUGGGGAACUGCCUUGGGCAACAACCAAAUGAUGGUCACUUUGUUUGAAGACGUUGAUCAAGAUCUUUUGAACAACAUCACUGACUUUCACGUCGAGCAUGACGAUGAAAACCCCGACACUUAUACUAUUAGUGUGUCUUUCGCAAAGAACGAUGACUUUGAAAAUGAGACUUUGACCAAGAAAAUUACCGUUAGCGAUGAUGGUGAAUCAGCUGAAGUUGUAAAGUCAACUAUCAACUGGAAGGGUGGAAAGAAGCGCAAGGCGGCUGCUGCUGAUGAGGAGGCUACAUCUUUCAUUGACUGGUUUAGCAAUGACGAUCAUAUCAUCGGCUCCUUCUUCAGAGAUGAUUUCUUCCCUGAUGCCAUCAACUACUACAAUGGCGAAGAUGACUCCGACGACGAAGAGUAUCUUGAUGAGAUUGAACUUGGAUCAGAAGACGAAGAUGACGAAGAAGAUGACGAAGAAGAAGAGGAAGCACCCAGUAAGUGAUGAAGAUCCAUUUUACCUAGUGGUGGUCAC